AUGGUGAUGUGCCCUGUUGAGUACGAUUUCUUCCAAAAUCUUGAGAUGCACGUUCGAGCCAACUUCCCACCGUUGUGUGGCCGUGAUCACUUGGCGUUCAGGUCAUACUAUCAUCCCUGCAAGGUACAAUUUUCUGUUUUUGUUUUUCCAAAUACAAACUUGCUUUGCUUCAGAAGCGUCAAUGACGGGCAGGAUCUUUGUGAACAGUUCGGUUUGAUGGAUACGGCUGCGCAACGAGAGGUGACGGAAGGACUUGAUCGGACUACCAGCGAGAUUUCGAAGAAGUUGGAGGACAUUCGUACGAGAUAUGCGUUCUAA